AUGUUGAAAUCGAAACGCAUCCCAUUUUUAUCCUUUAUCUACAACGAAAAUAUGGGUAACAAGGUUGGAAAAGAACUUAUAGAGAAUGGAGAGGAAGAAAAAGAAUAUGAAAUUUCUUUUCUUCAAGGCAGAAUGUCAGCUAUGGAAAUAAGGGAAAAGGUCGUUGGGGCUGAGAUUUCCACGGGAACUGAAGCCAGCAAGAAAGAAGGAGGUAUCGCGUAUUUUGUCGGGUUUGAGGAAAAGAAACCUAUGCCCCCACCUCCAGCACGGCUUCUUAAUCGACCAAGAAUCAUGAACAAGACCGUUAAAGACAUCUAUGACGACGAAGAAAAACAACUUAUGGCGGAAAUAUUACAAAACGAUUCCAUGAGCAACAGAGGUAUUUCGGCUGCUACGCGAGAAGAGCGUCACGCUCUUGCCAGACUACGUCGAGAGGAAAUGGCUAUUCUGAAGCACAAACGUCACGAAGCAAGGAUGAGAGCAAUAGAAGAGAGCGGAAGGCGCCGAGACGAACUGUUAAAUCAACGACGUACUUCUUCGCGUAGCAGGUCGAACCUCGUGUCUACCAGUGCGCACGUUCGUAAAGAGGAAGGCGCGGAUAUGACGUCACGCAAGAAAGGAAAUCUCGUGUCGUCUAGUUACACUUAUGUACAAAGGACUCUCGAGACAUGA